AGAAACCAUGACUUUACAUAUCCAAUUACUCACUCUGGUUGAUGGUAUGAAAGUAGGGAUCCUAAAGUAAAAAUUAGGGUAGUGACUACUACUGACUAGUGAAUUAGAAUGAGUGAGGUUGUUCUAUUUUCAGUAUUUCGAAGGAUCCAAAUAACAGACUAUCAUAUAUCUGUUGCUAUUGGGUGUCUUGUCUUGACUUUCUCUCUCUUCUUGUUAUAUAUUAUAUGCUGAGAGAGAGAGAGAAAGAGUGGGUUUUUAUUACGUCGUCCAACCGAAGAGGCCUCUCUCUCUUUCUCUGCGAAUAAGAAAUAAUGCUGAGUGUUAAAUUAUUAAGGAAAAACGUCUUUUCUCCGGCCUGCUUCAUGAUCAGGGGAUUAUCUUCUCAGACUCGAAAUGGAAGGCUUGAUGGGAAGGUGGCACUAAUAACAGGAGCAGCAAGCGGAAUAGGCAAAGCAACAGCCACCAAAUUCAUCAACAAUGGUGCCAAAGUAGUCAUAGCAGACAUCCAACACAAUCUCGGCCUAGCCACGGCUAAGGAGCUCGGUCCAAACGCAACCUUUGUAGCCUGCGAUGUGACACAAGAGUCAGACAUCUCCGCAGCCGUGGACUUCACAGUCUCUCAUCACAACCAGCUCGACAUAAUGCACAACAACGCAGGGGUCCCCUGCAACACUCCUCUGAGCAUUGUGGACCUUGACAUGGCGGUUUUCGAUAGGAUCAUGGACAUCAAUGUCCGAGGAGUGGUGGCAGGGAUUAAACACGCUGCCCGCGUGAUGAUCCCUCGAAAAACUGGCUCAAUUCUCUGCACUGCAAGCGUCACGGGAGUCGUGGGGGGCUUGGCGCAGCACACAUACUCUGUCUCUAAGUUUUCUGUUAUAGGCAUUGUGAAGUCUGUGGCUGCUGAGCUGUGCAAGUAUGGAAUACGGGUUAAUUGUGUCUCUCCCUUUGCUGUUCCGACACCGUUUGUGGUGGAUGAGAUGCGCAGGCUCUUUCCGGGGGUUGAUGAUGGCCGGCUUAAAGAAAUGGUUUAUAGUACUGGUGUUUUGGAAGGAGCAAAUUGUGAGCCUGAGGAUGUGGCUAAUGCAGCUCUGUACCUUGUGUCGGAUGAAGCUAAGUAUGUUAGUGGUCAUAAUUUAGUAGUGGAUGGAGGUUUUACUUCUUUCAAGAGUUUGGAUUUUAAAUUCCCCACAUCAAAUCAGGUGGAAUGAAAGUAUAUUUCAGUGUUUUAGCUUUGAGAAAUGUUAAGGAUAUCACAGCACGUUUAAUUUAUUUGAUUUUAAUUACAAUUCACACAAAUUUAUGUA